AGAUACACACACAACAGUCACACACAAACACGCACAGCGCCCCCACGCCAUCCCGACUCAUUAUUUAUUAUUUACUUAACAUUCCCAACGACACACACCCCCAUACAACAUUUUCGCCUUCUUCUUCUUCGCUGCCAUCCUUCUCUCUUCUUUCUUCAGUCUCAGCGACAUGUGCGACGAAGACUGGAUCGACGUGGCCAUGUCCGACGACUCCGUCGUCGUCGAGCUUCUCCUCCGUCUCCAUCACGCUACUCCGCCGCAGCCUCCUCCGACCAGAAAGCAGCCUCCCUGUCUUCACGUCGACUGGACUGUGCGCCAGCGUCGCUCUAGGUCGGUUCCGAGACACCGUGGCUCUGAAGGGAAAGAAGAACAGACGACAGCUAGUCCUACCACGCCGCUCUCCUGGAGCUGUGCCACUUCUGCUAGCUGUGGCGGCGGCGGCGGCGACGCCGUUGAUGGAUGCGAAGAGUCCAGCCGUGCGAUCAAACUGGUGGAGAGCUCAAGAUCUAAGAAGGUUAUGAAUCCAAAUGAAACAACCAGUACAAAAAGGUCAAGAAGAAAAAAGACUUUAGUUGAACUAAAGGAGGAAGAAACUUUGCUGUUAAAGGAAAGGAAAAAUUUGAAAAGUGAACUGGCAUCUCUGCGUCUCACUGUUGAGAAACAUAGGGCCGCAAAUAAAAGCUUAAAGAGAAUGAAGCUUGAUUUAGAGUCCGGAAAGGCCUUUAAAACAGAUGCAGCCUCUGUGGCCACUGAAGAGGAACAGUCUCGUUCAUAUAAUGCAAUCUCAUCCAGGAACAUCGCGAGCAAAGUUCUUAAUGAUGCACCACUUAUCUGUCCAACCAAUUCUAUGAAAGCGCAAGAGACUAGUAAGCAAGAAGCUUCGUUCUUACUGCCUGAUCUAAAUCUGCCUGUCGAGGAGGAUUUAAGCUCCAAUGCUUUGACAUGAAAGAAACUGAAAAAGACAAAGAAAGCUUAGGUUGUCCUUUGUGAAUGAUAUUUGUUCACAAGUUGGACCAGGAUUACUCUGCCCCUAGUACUUACUGUGCUGAAUGAGAUGUAGCAGGACUGUUGUGAGUCCUAACCAUUUGGGUUUUGGUAAGGUAGCUGUAGGCCCCGAAUAGAUCAACUUUCCUCACGUUGUCUUCAAUCAUGAUGUGGGAAUAGUAUUUUGAGGUCAUGAAAGUAGCGAGGGUAGUGGAGAGAUUCUGACACGUCGUGUCGGACGUAGUCGCCAUUCAUUCCUUCACAAGUUCCUUCGACGUUGUCCAAAAUUCUUUUGGGGCAACCCUCGAUCCUUCUUCUCUAUCGUCUUCAUAGAAAUGAUCACUGUUAAAUGUAAUUACAUGUUCCUCAGAUAAUGAUAAUUCAAGCAUUUUGGUUGGUUGCUGCUGCUUGUUUUGGUAAGCAUUGCUGAAUGGAAUGUGUUGUGAUUCUCAUUCUUAUAAA